CCAAACAGGCUCCGAUCGCCGCCUGUUGGGGCCGCCGUCCCACCGGACACUCUGGAUCAUGACCCUGGACAGCAAACCCAUGGAUGAGGCGGACUGCGGAGAGGAUGUGAAGGGAAUAGAGUACUCCGGGUUCAGGAGGGCAAAGGUGGAGCUGAAGCGGGAGGAGGGCGACCUUGCGGAGCGGCUGCAGGACGGUCCGGCCCGGAGAAGCGCCUCGGCGAAGCCUCCCUACUCAUACAUCGCCCUGAUCACCAUGGCCAUCCUCCAGAGCCCCAAAAAGAGACUGACUCUGAGUGAGAUCUGUGACUUUAUCAGCCAGCGCUUCUCCUACUAUCGGGAGAAGUUUCCCGCGUGGCAGAACUCCAUCCGCCACAACUUGUCUCUGAACGACUGCUUCGUGAAAAUGCCCCGGGAGCCCGGGAACCCGGGGAAAGGGAACUACUGGACGCUGGACCCCAUGUCGGCCGACAUGUUUGAGAACGGCAGCUUUCUGCGUCGGAGGAAACGCUUCAAGAGGCAGCAUUUCUAUGUGGGCCAGAUGAAGGACUCCGGUGCGCAGGAGCGCGCCGCGAUGCCCGCCGCGUUCCCGCUGCUCGGAGCGCACAGGAUGGCUUCCGGUGCUCACAGUCUGGAUCUGUACCGCGACCUGGGCUCGCACGUCUGCCCCAGCAGCAUCCCACCUGUCAGCAGCAUCAUCCCCGCGCUCUCCUCGAUCCUGUCCAAGAGCUUCCCCUCCAGCCAGACCAUUGAACAUUUUGACGCGCGACGCUGCGCCGCCGCGCUCCCGACUCUGGCUCCAAACUUCAUGAACCCCGGCUCGGUCCACGGAAUGAUACCCAACUACCCGGUCUCUCAGCUGCCCAUCUUCCCCACGGGCAUCUUAAAGUUGUCGUCUGGUUUAAUUUAAUGCAACAAAGUCUCCCCAGCGGGGGCAGCUUUUCCUCCUUCCCGCUGCCUGAACUCACGGUACAGUUGUUAACAUCAUUCUCUGCGCAAAGACUUCACAGUUUGAGCAUCAUGGUUCUUUGGAGUUGUCUGUUAGUACCUGAAACUAAAAUAAAAACGGGGAUUGGUGUAACGAUUUUUUUCUCUUGUAAUUAAAAUUAAUUAAGUAUUUUUAAAGACAUAAUCCUGAAGGAUAUAUUUAUAUAUUCAACUUUUAGAUAAACUGAACUGAAAAAAAAAAUCUAGCCAAGACUUGAAAAGUGUGUCAGGAUAUUUGAAAAAGGAAAAUUCUACAUAUAUAUUUUUAAAUAACAGCUUACAUAAGUAUUUAUAUUAAACUGCACUCCAGGCUACCUGGGCUAUAUCUUCUGUUAACACUGAGCAUGCAUUAACUUUUCUUCUGAGAAUAAACUGAAACUGUAUAGAUGUUUAAAAAAAUUUUGACCACUAACAAAGUUUACAGCAUUUGGUUCUAGUUAUCUUAUUUGUCCACCAAGUUGCACGAGAGCAACUUGAAAAACAAAUCUGAAUCAUCUUUCUUUUUUCUGUCAGUGUAUAUUUAUAACUAGUGAUGGGUCGAUGAGGCGUCAUGAAGCGUUUCGACACAAUGCAAAACUGUAUUGAUACUGUGUUGAUACUGUGUCACUGAAUACUGACACCUGCUGGACCUUAAAAAUCCCUGCAGGCCACCUAGUUUACAGACUCAACUGAUGCUGAUUUGAUGACCUAGUAUAUACAAUAAUACAAUUUAGGUCAUGGUAUUUUAUAUUGUAUUAUUCCAUAUCUUCAUUUAAGUUUAAAAUAUCUUUGAUGUUUUUAUAUUCAGUCAAUAAAUAAUGUAAACAAGUGUCAUAACGGGAAAAUCUAAGUGAAUGUGUUGUGAAUAAAGAUGCUUGUGGACUGAAACAAAAAGGAUGUUUAAUUAAACAAUUACCUUAUUUUCCGACACAACAUCAAAAUGGUCCCACACGGCGGAAGCCUUUCUCUUUGCUUGAGGCUCCAUAACUCUUGACGAGUUUGAGGAUGAUCAUGUCCGAGUAAAUCAGAAAUUCGUCUCUCAGAGAUGGCCCGUACAUCCCGAUACAUGACAGAUGCGCUUCCCUUAUAAACACAGUUUGGCGCGUCAGUGUCCGUUCGAAACAGUUCCCGUAUCGGUCACGUGACUUUCUUAAAGCGAUACGCGCACCGACACGGGGUUUCGUUCUAUGAGCUCGACGCAUGCGUCGACGCAUCGGUGUUGCCGGACCCAUCACUAUUUAUAACUCUUUUUCCUUCCUUGCUGCCUUGUUAGUGUGAUAACCUGCAGGUUUCCUGCUGAAGGUCAUUUCAGAACACGCUUUACAGUAACACACACAUCUGAUAGGUUAUCUGACCCUUAAACCAUGUAUUAGACUUUGAUGGUUUAUUUGUAGCGUUUUUCCAUGUUGCUGUUUGUGUGUACACAGAGAGUGCUGGUAAGCGUUUUGGAGGGAAACAAUCUGCAAAUACAUAAUUUGAAUGUGCACCAUUUCUGAUAUUGUUUUUUUUUUCUAAUGCAAAAAAGCUAUUCCACUUUAAUACGUUUAAGCUACUUUAGUUCUGUUGCUUUAGCUGGAUUAAUUUUAUUGAACAAAAUAAAGCUAUAAAUGGUAUUGGCAAUGGUAAAGCUUUUGUCUCGUUUCUUAAGAAAUAUGACAUUAAAUAAUGCAGAAAUUAUUGUGAAUACCAGACAUAUAAAAGCCUAAAAGGAAGAUUAAUUGAAAUAUAAAAAAGGGGAAGAACUCUGUGGGAUGAUUGUAUUUUUUUCAGUGGCUUCUUCAUGGCAAACUUCUCAGUGAGACAGGAAGUGGUCAUUUAUAAAUAAAUUACUCAGAAUAUGCCAGUUCUUUCCUUUCAGUCAUUCCACUUUCUUUUCUUUUAUUCCAAAGCACAAAUUCAUA